AUGACUGAUUCUAAAAGAAUAUAUAACCAAUCUAUAUCUUCUUAUGCCAUCUGGAGUGACGAAGAAUAUGUGAAUGAUGAAGAUAGAAUCGACCCUUCGCCGAAUCCGUUUCUUGAUGAUGAAGAAGUGACGAAGUACUACACGGCCUUGUAUGAGCAAUCGGAUUAUGAAUGUCGCCAUGUUUUUGAACCCCAGUUAUUGUGGACAGUUGCGGAGGAAAAACGAAUUGUUAGUAAACUCGAUGGUAAAAUAGCUUUAUUCAGUUGUAUAUUAUUUGCAGCUUUGGAGAUUUGUCGACUGAAUAUCCGUCAGGCUUUAAGUGACGACUUUCUAGCUGAUUUGAAUCUUACCACGAAUGAUUAUAAUAUGGGAUGUACUAUUUUUUUAGUCGGGUUUCUUCUUGGAGAGAUUCCUUCUUCGGUGCUUUCCAAGGUAGUUGGAGUAGAUAGAUUCGUCCCAUUUCAGAUAAUUGCAUGGUCAAUUGUUGGUAUGAGUCAAUGUUUUAUCACGGGAAGGAAGACCUUUUUCCUUUGCAGAGGGUUAUCUAGUAUAUUUAUGUCAGGUUUAAUACCGGAAUUAGUCACUGCAAUGUCUUCUUAUUAUAAAUCCAAUGAAUUAUCCGUUAGACUAUCUUGGUUUUGGACCACACUGUCUUGCAUUGAAAUAUUUGCAUCAAUAGUAUCGCCAUUAAUUCUAAAGCUUCGAGGAACUUUUGGCUGGGAAGGUUGGAGAUUUUUAUUUUUGAUUUUUAAUUUCAGUUCUUUCAUAAUCGGGUUAUGCUCAUAUUGUAUGUUAGUACCUUCCCCAAUUGAAACCAAGUCUCGAUUUUAUCCUCAAGGUUGGUUUAAUAAUCGAGAAGUUUCAAUCAUAGUCAACCGAGUCUUGAGAGAUGAUCCUUCCAAAGGCGAUAUGAACCAUAGACAAAGUAUCGAGGUCAAACCACUAAUAAGAGCAUUAUUAGAUUACGAUUUAUGGCCCAUUUAUAUCCUUGGUUUUAUAGCAUUUAUUCCAAAGUCAACCAUCGGAAGCUAUUUGAAUAUAAUAAUGAGGAACUUUGGUUGGUCAUCCUCACAAAUCAAUUACUUUGCAAUUCCCCAUUUCAUUCUUCAUAUUUACUUCUUAUUAGAAACUACAAAAAUAAGUGAACGCUUCAAUCAAAAAGCCCUUGUGGCUUUAUUAAGUCCAACGUUUCAACUUCCUUUGGUACUACUAUUGAAUUUUUGGAAUGGAGCCAUGGUCAAUGCCUGGGGGACUUGGGCUAUAUGUACUCUUAUAGUUGGAGGUCCUUACAUCCAUGCUAUUAAUGUAGCUUGGGUUUCAAGAAAUUCUGGCAGUAUUAAAACUAGAGCUGUUGCUAGUGCCAUGUAUAACAUCACCGUCCAACUAGGUAGUGUGGUUUCAGCCAACAUCUAUAGACAAGAUGACGCUCCUCUUUACCAUCGAGGUAAUCAACAACUUCUCUACCUAUCCUUGUCAGUGGUCCCGAUAAUCUUACUAGUGAAAGCUUAUUACAUCUGGAGAAACCAUACUAAAAGGGCCCACUGGCAAAGCAUGACUCCAGAAGAACAGAGCUGGUACCUCAACCACACUACGGACCAGGGUAACAAAAGACUUGACUUCAUGUUUGAUAGUUAA